AUGAAGCCUACCUGGCUGAGCGAGCCCCAGAAAGGGGAGGAUAUCAGCACCAACCUCUUCACAGCGGACUACACCAUCAAUCAGACGCUGCACGGGCGGUCGCGCGCGAAUGCUAGACGGUUGAGUAUAGAUGUGCCUCCCGACUACAUAGUGCUCGAGACGCUCGUCUCGCCCCCGGGCACGUCUGAGAGCACCACCGAUUUCUGCCAGACGCCCAAGAAACUAGACAAGAUAGACGACCCGGAACCACUAUCUCUAUUGUCGAAACCGACAUUUCCUCUUCGAGAUGACGGGUUUGACAAGGAGCAGCCCAAGUGGACAACCCGGCAAUGGGACAACCUCGUCACCUUUGCAAAAUUUAUUGGGCCCGGGUUCAUGAUCGCUGUUGCGUACAUCGACCCCGGGAACUACGCCACCGACAUCGCCGCCGGCGCAUCGUAUCAUUUCAACCUCCUAUUCAUUGUCCUGCUGAGCAACAUUGUUGCGGUUUUCCUUCAGAGCCUCGCUAUCAAGCUUGGCACAAUCACGGGCCUCGACCUGGCCACCGCAAACCGCGUGUUCCUCCCCCAGUGGCUUAACAUCAUCAUCUACGCCCUCGCCGAGGUCGCCAUCAUCGCGACCGACAUGGCCGUCGUCAUUGGCACGGCGACGGCCUUGAACUUGCUAAUACCGAGGUUGCCGCUGAUCGCCUGCGUCACCUUGACGGGUCUCGACGUGAUCUUUAUCGUGGUUUUUUACCGGCCCGACGGCUCGAUGCGGGGGCUGAGGAUCUUCGAGAUUGGCGUCUGCAUCUUGGUGCUCGGGGUCGUAGUCUGUUUCUGCAUCCAGCUUUCUCUGAUCGAGAACACGACAAUCGGCCAAGUUUUCCGGGGAUAUCUCCCAUCCAGUUCCAUCAUCGAGAACCAUGGUCUGUACCAGUCUUGCGGCAUCCUGGGGGCGACGGUCAUGCCGCAUAGCAUCCAGCUCGGCUCCGGUGUCGUGCAGUCCCGCCUCAAGGAGUACGACACCAAGGAGGGCAACUUCCAGGAGACUCCCCGGUCCGACACAAUGAUGACGGACGGCAGCUACCGCAAGGUGUUUUACUUCCCCUCCAUGGCGGCCAUCCAGCACUGCAUGAAGUUCUCCAUCGCCGAGGUCGUCCUAUCCCUCUUCAUCUUCGCCCUCUUCGUCAACUCUGCCAUCCUCAUCGUCGCCGGCGCCGCGAUGUACCAUGGCAAGACGUCCUUCGCCCCGGACAUCUUCGGCAUGCACGACCUCCUGGCCAAUAGCAUCUCGUCCGCCGCCGGCAUCAUCUUCGCCUUCGCCCUGCUGCUGUCCGGUGUCUCGGCGGGGCUGGUCUGUACCAUCGCGGGCCAGCUCGUCAGUGAGGGCGCGCUCAACUGGCGCGUGCGGCCGUGGCUCCGCCGCCUCGUCACGCGCCUUAUCAGCAUCGUGCCCACCGUCGUCGUCGUCGCCCUCGCAGGCCGGCAAGGGCUCAGCAACGCGCUGACGGGGACGCAGGUCGUGCUCGGCACCGUGCUGCCCGUCAUCACGGCGCCCCUCAUCUACUUCACCUCGCGCGACAAAUACAUGACGGUCGUCCCUGGCGCCGCGAGCUACGGGUGCGAUACCGGCAUCGUACCGGCGAGGCGGUUCAGCGCUGUGGGCGUCAAGAUGGCCAACUCUUGGUGGGUGACGGUGCUGGCCGUGCUGAUCUGGCUAAUGAUCACUGUCAUGGUGGUUGCGAACCUGGUCUUGUUGCUGAAAAGCACCGCCGGGUAG